AGCAAUCUUGAGAUCCUUGCUAAAAUGGAACAAGAAAUGGCGACUAAAAUGGAAAAGGACGGUAUUCUACCGGACGGUGAGACGGUUGUGGACGUGAGCAAGGAGGUUGAGCAGGGCAGGGGGGUGGAGAGGAAGGUGGUGGAUGAGGAUCAGGAGGAGACCAGGGAUCAGUUCCAUCAGCUGAGGGGGGCUCAGGAUACAGGAUACAGGGGAAGGGGGCAGGAACAUUAUCAACAAAGAAAUGGCGCGCUGCGGAACCGAAGACGACCUGAGGCUCAGUAUAAUGGUCACUAUGAUGAUAGAAGAAAUUAUGAAAAUGACUGGGAGAACGAGGAGGAGUGGAAUGAAGACGAUUAUAAUGAUGACUGGGGCCGCAACAACAACAACAACAACAAUCAUAAUAACAACAACAACAUUAAUAACUUACACCGGCGUCUCCCACAAACCCCCAGAAUGCCUUCCACUCUUGGGAGUGGUAUAGAAAUCCCUCAGCUUAAACCAAGUCUAAUCCCAACCCCACAGAAUCUCCUCCAAUCCAUUCCGAAUUUAUUUCCUGUCGGAACUCCUUCCUCGUUCGGAGGAGUAAAAUCAAAUAUAACAGUAAACAGUGAUAGGACUGAGAGGGACCAUUUUACUAAACAGGGUCAUAACCCUAACUAUUCAGGAUAUAAUGGAUAUGCUCAAGAAACUGGUACCUACAGUAGUCAUCCUAAUCUGGUUGGCAGACAAAAUGGACAACACAGACGAUUGCCACCUAUACCCAACAAACCUUCAUCUCUCAAGCUGGGUCAAUGGAGACAAUCAUCACUACCUGAGGAACACAAUCCACCUGGGCAUUCACACAACCUUGCGCCAUUUCAAUCCUUUGACCGGCAUCCAGACCCACCAGAGGACUGGCAUGACCGGUACCGGCGGCUCAAACCACUCACACCUACCAAACCGUCCACACUAUCCUUUCGCCAAUCCUCUGCCUUGAAUGGGUCUCCAAGCUACGCGCUCUUCGGAAACUUACCGUUCCAAAUGCCUAAGGUGAACGCCUCGCCGACCUGCCUAGAUGGAAGCCGGGCUGGGGGUAACAUGGCGCACUACAAUGGGGGUCCAAGGACUUUGCCGCCAGUUUUAGGAAAAUCUCACAGUUUAGGGCGUAGCCUUCCCCAGACCCCUCCUCCACCUGCUCCAAGCCAUGCUGGUCAGCUUGGGAGCAAGAUUGGAGGGGCGCUGGGAGGCAUUACGGGUCUUUUUAACAGAGGGAAUCAAGAAGUAGAUUGGAUCUGAUGGGAGAGGGGGGCCGGUACAUUAUACAAUAACAAGGAUGAAUUACAGCUAGCAGAGCUGGAGUGUCAAGCACUAACCGAGGAAGCAAGGGAAGAAGCCAAACCAAGUUACCUGAGCUCAAACAUUUUAAAAUUCCCGUCGCGACCUGCCCGCGUUCGAACAACCCUCGUGGAGCCUGCCAAACCAAACAUAAAAACUGGUUUGAGGCAAGCCAGCACAAGAUCUCGGUCCCACGUGUCGUUUCACCCACAGGAGGCCAGUUUCUCUGUCAGAGAUACUUUACUUCCUCAACGUUCGAUAACGUCACCCGGAGAACUACGUUAUUUAAACGCUGUGAAACCAAGGUCGUUGACGAACAGAUCGCGGAGUGAAGACACUGCCUUGUUUUCAAAUAAAAUGUACAUACUAUAAGUUGUCUAUGUCUAAUGCAUCGGCCCCCCUGUCUUGUUAGGCAAAAUUUUGUGUUAAAUAAGAUUUAAUGCUAGCAAAGAACUGAAGUGAUACAUGCAAAGACUAUUCAAAACAGUGUCACAAGAUGAAAAAAGUUUUAUUAAAAGUCUUCAAAUUUGGUUGAGUUUAUAAUCUUGCAGAUUUUAAAUUUGAUCUCAAAGCCAUAAUGACCACAUGUCCUUAGUGUUAACAUUUUUGAUUAAUUUGUUUGGGAUAAAUUAAUUUUUUUCAGCAAUUGGGAAUCAGCUAAUAUGGCAGUAACAUAUUGGGGAUAAGCUGAUCUUUUACUAAUAUAUGGGGAUAAGCUGAUCUUUCACUAAUAUAUGUGGAUAAGAUCAGCUGAGAUGUUUUGAGGUGUUGAUCUAUGCAAUUUUAACACAGUGUGAUUAACUUGAGUAUAUUAUAUAUGCAAGUAUGUAAACGAUAAACCAUGUUAUUUAUAAUUGAUCCCAGGUACAUUGCUACACUGUUAGAAUAUAUCGAAUAAAAACAUUUCGAAAUUACCAACAUUUUGUUUUGUAUUUAAAAUAACAUUUUAGAAAAUUAUCUCUAUAACUUUUCUCAAAAUGAGUUAUUUUGCUAAAAGUUUGUGAGAUAUCCUGAACAUGCUGUUUUUCAAUCUAUAACACUAUGUACGUAAUUUUAAACUGCAUUUAGUUUUUCGAUUUUAAUAAAAAAUCUUAAGAUUUUUCAAGCAGUGCGAGAACAGUGUUAAGCUGCUGAUAUAGUAUUUAUAUCUAUAGAAUUAACACUAACAUUUGUUCAGACAAUCAGAAAUUGCCCAAGUUAUUUUUAUGCUUAAACCUUGUUAGAUUUUUAUAUAUGGAAUAAACAUUUAAAAAUA